AUAGAUUAUUCGGAGAAAAUAGAAGAGAAUAAUAUCAAUAAACGAUUCCAAAGAGUUAUUAACGUACCUUCUAGAAAUAUGUUGGUCCGGAGACUUGCAAGAUCUGUAUGGAGUACUAUACGCGUAGAAACAAGAUGUUUGGCAACAGAACCAGUGAAACCACAAGCUGAGGAGAAAGACAAAGAUGGAGUUGAUCCCAUUCAGGCAGAACAUUUAGAUAGAGACAUUUGUCUACUAGUAGAUGAGAAAGAUAAUUUCAUUGGUACUGCCAGUAAGAGAGAUUGUCACAAAGUUGCCCCGGAUGGCAAGGUGCUGCUGCACCGAGCAUUCAGUGUUUUUCUUUUUAACAAAAGAGGAGAUAUGUUGCUGCAAAGAAGAGCUAGUCAGAAGGUGACUUACCCAGACUAUUAUUCCAAUGCGUGCUGUAGUCAUCCAUUAUACAUUGAUAAUAAGCCAGAAGACAUUAUAACAGCUGCGCGUCGGCGACUCAACCACGAGUUGGGUAUACCUUUAGAUCAGAUGGACCCUGAGUUGUUCACGUACCUGACUCGUAUUCACUACCACGACCCCGGCGACGGUGUCUGGGGUGAACAUGAAAUCGACUACGUGUUGUUCUUCCAAAAUGAUGUUAAAAUAAAACCCAAUGCUGAUGAAAUUUCCGAAUAUUGCUUCGUACCCAAAAGUGAAUUCAAUGCGUUUUUACCAACGUUAGAGGGCCCAAUAACACCAUGGUUCAAUAUGGUCCGUCGACACAGACUCAAACUGUGGUGGAACAACCUCCACCGCCUGAAGGAGCUUGCUGAACCGGAAAAGAUACACAAAUUCACAGAGGAUAAAUAAUUUUGUAAUUAUACUUACUAAUCAUGCUCAGUUUCUAUGUCAAGACCCUAAUACGGCAACUCAAAUAUUCAUAGGUUAGUUUUGAACACAUCAUUGUUUUAUUAAAAUUAAGCAUUUCGAUUCAUGCAGUCUUCCUACAUUCAUUUGCACAGCUGCGUUUCAAGUGUCAACAAUAUAUUAAGUAAUGGAAUAUUCAGCUAUAUUUCAUAAUAUAGUUACUAUUAUAUUGUUACAAAGUUUCAUUUAAGCUCCAGUUAUUUUUUCUUUAAUAUAUAUUAUGUUUAGUUCAUAAUAAUAGACAUUAUGAUAUCCCUCCAUAACAACAAUCUAGAAAAUGUCUUGCGACUUUCGCUAUAACACUUUUACUUAUUAAAGGUACUUCCGACAAGGGUCUUAACAUAAUUAUAAUUUUAGAAUUGUACUAUUUAUUUCACAUUACAAUAUUUAAUUGUAUUACGUAAUUAAAAAUUGUAGAUAAUUCUCGUUGUAUAUAAUACAUACAACAGGUGCUUUGAUUAGUAUAAUAAUAAUUCUAUUUAAUUA